AUGGGUCGCACAGAUACCGAAGUCCGCACCUACGAGCGGGACGCCGAGGGCGAUCCCCACGACACGCGCGAAGACCAGGUGGUGAAGCCCAUCAAGUCGUGGAAGGGCUAUGUUUGGGACACCUGGGACCUGCCCAAGGACCAGCGCCGGCUGUUGUUCAAGGUGGACGCCUUUGUUCUGACCUUUGCGUCGGUCGGCUACUUUCUCAAAAACUUGGACCAGACAAAUGUCAACAAUGCAUUCCUCAGCGGCAUGCAGGAGGAGCUGGGCAUGUGGGGCAACGAGCUCGUCACCAGCGUGUCUAUCUGGACCGUUGGCUACGUCGUCGGCCAGAUACCGUCCAACUUGCUCCUGACCCGCGUGUCUCCGCGGUGGGUCAUCCCUGCACUUGAGCUGGGCUGGGGGAUAGCCACCAUCUGCACGGCAUCCGUAAAAUCAUACGGAGCUCUCUACGCAAUGCGUUUUCUCGUCGGUUUGUUUGAGUCCGGAUUCUACCCCGGCAUCCACUACAUGCUCGGCUCCUGGUACACGCCGUCGGAAAUAGGCAAGCGAGCCAUGAUCUUCUGGCUGGCCGGCGCUAUCGGCAUGAUGUUCAGCGGUUUCCUGCAAGCGGCCGCUUACACGGGCCUCCACGGGCACGGCGGCAUGGCUGGCUGGAGAUGGCUGUUCAUCAUCGACGGUAUCAUCACAAUACCGCUCGCCCUGCUCGGCUUUCUCUUCUUUCCUAACCUACCGCAGAGCGGCGUGAGGACGUGGUGGACGACGCAGUCCGAGCACGACCUCGCCGUCAGCCGCAUGAAGGCCAUUGGCCGUGCCGGCAAGGUGCCCUGGACGAAGGCCAAGGUCUUUAGGAUCUUGACCAGCUGGCACACCUACCUGCUGCCCCUGUGUUACAUCAUCUGGAACAACGGCUUGCCACAGCCCGCAAUGGGGUAUUGGCUAAAGAGUUUCAACGACAAGAAGAACCCUCCCGUGCCAGGCACCACUUUCACAGUUCCUCAGAUCAACAACUUGCCACUUCCCACGACCGGUUUCUUCGUACUGGUAGCCCUCAGCUGGGGCUGGCUCUCGGACGGACCGUUCCGCGGGGCACGGUGGCCCUUCAUCUAUGCCGGCGCCGUUAUCACUCUCGUUUUCAGCAUUACCCUGCGCCAAAUGCCGCUUUAUGACAACAUCAACGGCCGCAUAGCAGUCUACUGGCUCGCGAAUAUUGGCGGCGGCGCCGGUCCGCUGAUCUUCAGCUGGGUUAACGAAAUAUGCUCCGGCGACACGGAGAAAAGAGCACUGCUCAUCGCCAUGGGCAACGAUCUUGCCUACGUUGUGCAGGCAGUGGCUCCCAACUUUGUGUGGAAGACGACCGACUUCCCGGCCGCGACAAAGGGGUAUACCUGGUCGAUCGUGCUGCAGGUCCUGCUCAUUCUCGAAACUGCCCUCAUCCAGCUCCUGCUCUGGCGGGAUAAAAGACGAGCGGCCCGGCUAGACGACUCUGACAGUUCAUUACGCGCGCCGUCGGCGGAUAGCGAUGGCUCACCGUCGCCGAUCGACGAUGUUGUCAAGUGA